CACACACACACACACACACACACACACACACGAACUGAUGAGGAGUUUUUAGCCUUGCUCCUCUUCGCGUCAUGCGACCUUUUAGGUAAAUGAAGACACACAGCCCAAAAAAAAGAACUAAAACAAAGUUAUAAUGACAAUGUGACUCUUGUUCAAAUUUCGCCGCCGAAACAUUUUGUCGCGAGUCCGCGCUAUUGAAGAAGCCAUGGAGCCGAUAACCAAGUGGACGCCAAAGCAAGUUGUAGACUGGAUGAAAGGUUUGGAUGACAGCUUACAACAGUACGUGGGCAACUUUGAGCGGGAGAAGAUCAGUGGAGAACAGUUACUGAAGAUCACACACCAAGACUUGGAAGAGCUUGGUGUGGCCAGGAUUGGACACCAGGAGCUGGUGCUGGAGGCUGUUGAUCUGCUCUGUGCUUUGAACUAUGGUGUGGAGACAGACAACUUGAAGAACCUGGUGGUGAGGAUGAGAGCAGCCACCAACAGUCUCCACAUGGCCACAUCUGAGCGCAGGAAGAGCCCCGUGUAUGAUGGCAGCGCCUCACGCAAGCCACCCAAUGACUUUCUCACAUGGGUGGUGGAGCUCAUUGGCGCUGCAAAGAGCCUCCUGGCUUGGCUUGACCGGACGCCUCUCACAGGGAUCAGUGACUUCACAGCCACCAAGAACAAGAUCAUUCAGCUGUGCCUGGAGCUCACCACCACAGUUCAACAGGACUGCUGUGUUUAUGAGAUGGAAGAAAAGAUCCUAGAAGUUUCGAAGAUUUUAAACAACAUCUGCGAUCAGACUGUGAGAACCACCUCUGACCCCUUGAUGAGCCAGUCUGCCUGCUUGGAGGAAGUCCAGCUGACCAAUAUCAAAGCGGGUGAAGGACUGGGAAUGUAUAUUAAGUCGACAUACGAUGGGUUGCAUGUCAUUACCGGAACUACAGAACAUUCUCCUGCUGACCUGACCAGGAAGAUCCAUGCUGGUGAUGAAGUGAUUCAGGUCAAUCAACAGACAGUGGUGGGUUGGCAGCUGAAAAACCUAGUAAUCAAACUGAGGGAGGAUCCCAAAGGUGUGCUCCUCCUCCUAAAGAAGCGACCCACAGGAACAACAGGUUUUACCCCCGCCCCUCUCAAGAACAUGCGCUGGAAGCCUCCUGUACCUCAGAGCAAUUCCUCUUUGAUCCGAGCCCAGUCUCCCUGUAGCUCAGCUAAUAGAUCAACAAAAAAGGAGAAACCAGCCAUCCUUGAUUUUUACAUCCCACCUCCCCCUCAAAUGCCGUACACUCCAAGAGAGGGAAGAACAGAUACGGUCUCUAGCUUUAGUCCAAGGCCAAAAGGCUCUGAGUCACCCAACUCCUUCCUGGACCAGGAGAGUAGGAAACGCUGCACCAUCACAGACUAUGACAAACUAAGUGUCGGCUGUCCAAUUGAAGCUAAUGUGAUCCAACCCAGAAUGAGGGAGCACAAGCCUUCUCGUGGUAAGCCCCGGCCGCUCUCCAUGCCUGUGGAUACUUGUGUUGCAAUUGUAGAUCCCUUUGCUAAGCCGUGGACUCAGAACAGGAAAGGUGAGGACCUCCUGUACAGAUACCUGAGCAAUGAGAGGAUCCCCACCAUAGCCGAGGAAGUGGCGUCGGCGUCUCCGCCCACCUACAUGCCUGGCGGGGAGCGCCGACUUGUCAGAGUGGACCACAUACGAGGCAGUCGCUACUACUCAAACUCCGACCUCCACAACAGCGCCACCAUCCCCUACCAGGAGGAUGUCAAGAAAGCCCCAGUAGCUGCGGUCUCCAAGCACACAACGCCCGAACGUUCGCUACUGGGACCCGACUGGCACUCUAGCAGGGACUUCCUCAACCGGUAUAAUCAACCAAAUAUACGAUCCUGGUCCUUCUCCCAAGCUGCUGCCUUCCCCAUAUCUGUGUCACCCUCAAUGGCUGCUGAUGAUUACAACCCUGUCUCCCUGCGACACAAGUCCAAGAAGAAGAGCCGAGGAGGCAAUGGUGCGAUGAGCAGGAGAAGGGUGUCAGUCAAAGAGCUGGGUCAGCCAGACCACCAGGGUUGGUUGUACAAGAAGAAAGAGAACAAAGGCUUCCUGGGUAUCAAAUGGAAGAAGUUCUGGUUCAUCCUGAAGAAGACUGCAUUAUAUUGGUACACAAACCCGCUGGCAGAGAAAGCUGAGGGCUACAUUGACCUCACCAACUUCAUGAUUGACCGAGCCAUUGAGUGCAAGAAGAAACAUGCAUUCAAAGCCUGCCACCCACAGGUCAUGAUGUUUUAUUUUGCUGCUGAGAACCAUGAAGAAAUGAACUUGUGGUUAAAUAAGCUUGGGCUUGCCUCCAUUCAUUAUGAGCCAACAGAACAAAACACAGCAGCUGAGUGUUACAGUGAGGCUAGUGACCAUGAAGAAGCAGAAACCACAGAUAUACCUCCACCACCAUACUGUGAACAGACCCUGCGGGACUCUGUGGCUCCGUCUGAUCCUCCUGGUAGCACACAUCAGGGCACUCUCCCUCCACCAUACUCCUCUGCGGUCCCCAGCGAAGCAAACGGCUCGCAUUCCUCACCCCUCAGUACAAUGACAUCGCAGAGCUCGUCCGCCUCGUCGCUCUCCAAACAGCGUCAGUCCUGGUUGGACCUGGUCGCGCAGGUGUCUCCUGCUCCCACUAGUGAAGCACCAGUGGUGUGCUCAGUCCAGGUGCACUUGCAUCAACAUCCGCCAGACGAGGAAGAAGCGCAAGAGAGGUCGGCUCCUCUUCAGGAGGCUGAAACAGGGUCCAAUGAGGAAGGGGCGGCACAGAGGGAGACUUCAGGUGUUGUGGACAAAGGCGAUCACUCAAACAGCUCUGAUGAGAUGGAGAAGCUGUAUAUCCACCUGAAGGAGGCCAGCCUGUCACCUAUAGGAGACCGCAAACCAUCCACCAAACGGGAAUUCAGGGCCUCCUUCGUUAAACGCUGCAAAAACCACACUGUCAAUGACAAACUGCAUCUUAUCAGGACACUGAACAGCACAUUAAAGUCGAAACAGGCAGACCUCCAGGCACUAGAGCAGGUGCUGUCAGACCCACAGCUGACCUCAGUCAGGUUCAGAGAAUGGAAGGAAGCCAAUGGGCCUUUGGUGCAAGAGAUUUGUGUCCCAAAUGACCAGCAGGUGGAGUCAGAGGCCUCCCAAGAUGCGGCAGCAGGCAUUGCGUCUCCCGUGGCAGAGACCAGUUUAUAAAUGCUCCUCGUGUCUUGUGCUACUGACUUCGGUCACACACGCACACAGACUGCUGUCGAAUUUUCAAGUGAGACUACUGUGGACUUUCAAGCUUUUGUCAACUAACAAAUGGCUCUUUAAAGGAAAACAGUUUUGUUUUUAAUAUUCCUAAAUGGAAUCCGUGCAGCCAUUUUAUAACUAGAGGUUCACAUUACAAUGUGAAAUGCAUCAUAGUAUUACUUUUAGCAUUUGAUUUGUAAGAUUAGCAAACGUUUCAGGUUAUUGCUUUUACUUCCCUGGUGUUUAUUUUUCGGAAUGACGGCGUAUGUUGGUUGCAUUGCUUUCUACAUGAAAACACUUGUUUUUGUUUUGUUGUAUCUUUGAUCUGUUUAGAUGGUGUUCUAGUACUGGAUAUGUUUUAACCACUCUGUCUCUUAUUGGUGCUAUGCACCUUCAAUGCCUGUUACUUUUUUUUUUUUAAACAAACCGUUGAGAAGAAUCUCUUAAGAACUACAGUCUGCACGGACAGAGUAAUCGUGCGUCAUGAAUCAUGAGUUUUCACAUUUGAGAGAGUGUAAAGCAGAACAUUUUGUUCUACAAUGUCAUUUAAAAGGCAGUUAUUUCAUGUAAGUAUAUUGACUUGUUUUUAGUGUGCCAUAAAUUAAACCAAACCAAGCAAAUGAAA